AUGACUGUUGAUACCAAGCCUCCUUCCGUCACCCUGGUGCAAGGCCAAGUGGUGGGGACCCAGCUCAGGGAUUCUUUUCCCCAAACCGUCGACGCCUUCUUGGGAGUUCCAUAUGCCCUUCCUCCCGUAGGGGAUAGGCGCUUCAGGCCAGCAAUCAAAGUUUUGAGCUCAUCAGAUACUAUUGAUGCAUCCAAGUAUGGUCCUGCAGCUCCUGGAAAGGCACUUCUCUCCGGAGGACCGAAGCUUGUGCAAAGUGAAGACUGUCUGACGGCAAACAUCUUUCGACCAGCUGAAAGCAAUAGUACCAGUCAACUCCCUGUCGCAGUUUAUCUCCACGGCGGUGCUUUCAAUCGGGGGUCCGCAGCUAUACACAAUACUGCGUCCAUGGUGGCGUGGUCAGAAAAUCCUUUUGUUGCUGUGAGCUUCGGUUAUCGCAUUGGAGCUCUUGGAUUCCUCCCUUCAAGUCUUUCGCAGAAGGAGGGGUUGCUGAAUCUUGGACUGCGUGAUCAGGUGCAUUUAUUACAGUGGGUCCAACAGAACAUUGCCAAUUUUGGCGGUGAUCCUGCCAACGUCACUUUGUUCGGUCUUUCCGCAGGGGCGCAUUCGAUUGGUCACCACCUCCUCAAUUACAAUGAGCACAAAUCGCCAUUGUUCCAUCGUGUCAUUAUCGAGUCUGGAGCACCAACUUCCCGCGCUGUUCGCCCAUAUAACGCUAAGGUUCACGAGGACCAAUUUGCUGACUUCCUUCAAGAAGUGGGUUGCCCAGCCAAUCUGGACGAAACCGAAAUCUUCCCAUUCCUCCGUUCUCUCUCUAGCUUGACUGUUACAAAUGCUCAAACGGCUGUUUUCGAUAAAUAUAACCCCUCCCUUCUGUGGGCUUUCCAGCCUGUGAUUGAUGGAGACAUUAUCUCUCGCAAGCCCCUCGAAGCAUGGGAUUCAAAAGUCUGGAAUAAAGUACCCAUCAUGACCGGCUUCAACAGCAAUGAGGGAACAAUGUACGUCGACAAGAAAAUGUCACACGCCUCCCAGUUCCGUGAGUUCUGGCACAACCUUCUACCCGAACUCGAGCCAUCUGAUCUUGACACAAUCGAGAAGCUCUAUCCUGAUCCCUCAAUUGAUUCCACAUCACCCUAUAUUGAAAACAGACAGGGUGAGGGCCUCGGACCUCAAUAUAAGCGCAUUGAAGCUGCCUAUGGACACUAUGCCUAUGUCGCACCAGUGCGUCAGACAGCGCAAUUUGCAUCCUCUGAAGGUGCUCUAGUUUACCUUUAUCACUGGGCACUACCCAGAACGGUUGUGGGUCGAGCAAACCAUGCCGAUAAUAUGUACUACGAGACGUAUAACGAUGGCAUUACGGGAAUUUCAGAAUCGCAGAAAGAACUAUCUGGUGCACUUCAUGCCUACUUGACUAGUUUUAUAACAACCGGUGAUCCUAAUGCUGUGUCUGGCCGAUAUGGGAAAAGACCAGAAUGGAAGCCCUUCCAGCCAGUGGAUAAAAAGGUUAUGAUCUUUGGGGAAGGGAAUGACGAAUUGAUCGGAGGUAGUGCUGCUCCUCCUGCAAAAUGUGUUGCGGAUGAUUGGGCAAGAGAGGAGACAGAAUUCUGGUGGUCAAAGGUCCCGAUUUCUCAGCUUGCUUGA